AUGGAGAAACGGAGUUUGAGUCUAUCUCCGCAGAAACCCGUAAAGAAAUCAAAAGCAGCCAGUGAGAAGCGUACGCGUUAUUUCUUUGCACCUAUUAACACUAUAGUAGGAGGAGGAAGUAAUCGAGUUAAGGAAGAAGAAGGAGGAGGAGGCAGCAAAGAAACAGAGUGCAAAGCCACAUCAGCAUCAACAAGAACAAAGGAUAACUAUGAAAAGUUGGUCAAGGCGUUGCAAAGCUCAGACGACAGUUUUGAUGGCAUUAGAUGGAAACAGAGUCCGAACAGGAAUGAAGUAGGUGAUACUAAUUCCAGUCCUUUGAAUAAGGGGACUAUUGAAGUGAUUAACAAUAGCAAUAACAAUAACAAUACCAAUAUUUCACAAGCAUUGACGAAUGAUAUGAUGUUCCAUAAGUAUGGGUUUGGGUUCUCCAAUAUUGGAGGGGGAGGACAUGAGCUACAUCAUGUGAAUAAGCUGGAUCGUAAGACUAAACUGUAUAAAGAAGAAAGUAGAUCUAAUGGGGGAAGUUUGAAGAAUUGGUUGACUAAGUUGGAAGAGAGUAACCAACAUGAGGAGGUCAAAUCAGCGCCAACAGAUUCCAUAAAUAGCAUAUUAUUAGAUGAUAUGAGUUUUGGAGAUUUCAGUGAUUCUACCAACAAUUGUUCUUCACCAUUGAAGGCAGCUAACUUACAACAACAACAAACAGACACAGAUGAUGAAGAUUCCUCUGAUUUCUCCAAUAAUAGUGAACUAGAUCAGCUUCUACUGGGGAGUAUUCCUUCUCAAAAACGCCCAGUGUUGAACAAGACGUCGUUGUCGUCGUCGUCGUCGUGCGAUCUUGAAAGAGCUCGUUCAUUCCAUGAUGGUGUGAAACGGUUUGAACAACUUCAACUUGCUUCUUUCAACGAAAAAACUUUGGACUUCACUCCUGAAAUAUCCUUCCAUAGAGAAGGGUUUAACAGAUACCAAAUCAAAAGCAUCACUACAUCCUCAUAUACUUUCCAAAAUCAUAAGAGAGAUCAACUUGUUUUGGAUAUCAUAAACUCGGAAAAGAAAACCCGAAAACUCUUGCUAAGAGGUCAAUAUUUAAGUCUUAGUUUUGAGGUUAAUGACAUUAUUCACGUUAUAAUAACUGAUCCCAUGCAUCCAAAUCUUAUUGAUGACGAGAAAAAUCUUUUAAUCUGGCAUCCAGACGUUUUGAUUUCAGCAACAACAGUGGCAGAACUGCUUUACUGUGAACGGAAGACCAUUUUAAAAUCCAGAUUCACAUUUCCUGGUGAAGUUCUACCAGUUCUAAUAAUUGGAAUCAUCACUCAUCGAAUAUUUCAAGAUUGCAUUAUGAAUGGGGUGUGGACUAAUGAAUAUAUGAAUUCUUUACUUGAUGAAGAAAUAGAAAAUUAUUUGGAGCAAAUAUUCACCAUUGAUUCCGAUGUCAAUAUCGUCAGAAAUGAAGUGACAGCUUGCUUUCCUUAUUUAGAAUCUUGGUUUCAAAAGUAUUAUAAGACACAGCCUUCAAGCUCUAUACCAAAAUCAGGUGGUAAGCAAGUGAAAUUCGCCUUAGAGAAAGCUAUGGCUGUGGAAGAAAAUAUCUGGUCUCCAAUGUAUGGUAUCAAGGGAAUGGUGGAUGGUACCUUAAUGGCAAAGGUAGACGACGGUUCAUAUUUGUUACCUAUGGAGAUUAAAAGUGGUCGACCUAAUAUUUCCCAUUUGGCCCAAUCGUCACUUUAUACUCUUUUAUUCGCAGAUCGUUAUGAUGUUGAUGUGAAGGGGUUUCUAUUGGUGUACACGAAGGAGAAACUAACCAAGUAUGAAGAGACAAGACAUUCAGACUUGAAGUCAUUAGUGAAUCUUCGGAAUAAAUUGGCAUUAUUCUUUAAAUCUGACAUUGAAAAGUAUCCGGGGUUAUUGAAACUGUCAUUAUGUGAUCGCUGUGAGGUACAAUCUUAUUGCAUGACCAUAAAUAAACUAUCUGAAGACGGUACUGCCGAAUUAAGUGGCAUUGACAGUUCUUUAUAUGAGAGUCUAACGGAACAUUUGAAUGAUAAACCUUUAUACAAGCAAUUCUACAAACAUUGGAUUGAUCUUAUAAGCAAAGAAGAGUUUCAUAUGUGGAAAAGUCAAAGGGACUUAUGGCAGAUGACAGCACAAGAUAGAGAAGCCACUGAUGGCAAGGGCAUUGGAGGAUUAAAGAUUACUGGCUGUGUUCAAUCACCACCACAAGAAUUUAACUAUACCUUUAUGAGGCUUGAUAAGUCUGCGGACCGGAGUUUCAUGGCUUCACAACUCCUGAAAACAGACAAGAUUAUUAUCAGUGAUGAGAAGGGUCACUUUGGACUUGGCCAGGGGUUUGUCUCUAAAAUAGGAAGAGAUUUUAUUGUUGUAACCACACGAAGACUGUUAUUUAAUACAGAAUAUAAGGAGGAACAUAAAGGUGAACAUACCAUUACAACCUUAACUCAAUCUCAGGUUCGAACGCCAUUCCGAAUAGACAAAGAUCCUGUUUUCCAUGGGUUAGGCUUGGCUAGAUUCAACAUCCUUAACUUAUUCACUUCAGAUGGAGAUUCCAAAAGACGUUCACUGAUAGUUGAAUUACAGAAGCCCGUUUUCGAUGAAGCAUUAAGUGUCACACCACCUGAGGGCCUCAAUAAAGCACAGGGAGAAGCAUUCAAUAAGGUGAUCACCUCAAAGGAUUAUGCGUUGAUCUUAGGAAUGCCAGGAACGGGCAAGACAACAGUUAUUGUACAUUUGAUCAAGUACCUUGUGAGUCAAGGAAAGUCCAUUUUAUUGACUGCCUAUACUCAUUCAGCAGUUGACAAUAUUCUUUUGAAGAUAAUUGGAGAUGAUGAUGUUGAUAAUGAUGAGGAUGGAAUAGACAUUUUACGGGUUGGCCCAGUAUCAAGAGUCCAUACUAAAAUCCAACGGUUCGUCCUCAACUCAAAUGAAAAAACCAAAGUCGAUUCUUAUGAGAGCUUCCAACGAUUCUAUCUCAAGCCUUUGGUAGUAGCCACAACUUGUCUUGGGGUUUCAGACUUGACAUUCAACAUGAGACGCCAAUUUGACUAUUGUAUUAUCGAUGAAGCAUCCCAAGUGUCUUUACCCGUAAGCAUAGGUCCAUUAAGGUUUUGCAAGACAUUUGUGUUGGUUGGCGACCAUUUCCAACUUCCUCCGUUGGUACAACACCCGAAUCCUCAGGUUAGAAUGGAUCUCUCCACUUCACUAUUCAAGUUACUAGCCACCAAGCAUCCGGAGAGUGUGGUGGAGCUCACACAGCAGUAUCGGAUGAACCAAGAUAUCAUGAAGCUUACCAACGUUUUGAUCUAUGAACACAAGUUGAAAUGUGGUUCAGAAGCUGUUGCUUCAAGGCAAUUGGAAAUUAAAUGUCCCCGGAAAAUCGAUACCAAUUGUGCAUCUACGAGCAAAGCUGAUCAAUGGUUUGAGUGGAUCACAAAUGUCAAGAAUAGUGUUCUCUUUUUAGACCAUGAUCUCAGUGGUGCAUGUAUGGAGACCAAGCUUGGCGAUAAGAUAGAAAACCCUGGAGAGGCUCUGUUGAUCAAGCAAAUAGUCAUGGGCCUAGUUUCAUGCGGAGUUAGACAGCAAAGUAUUGGGGUCCUUUCGUUGUACAGAGCACAACUUCGGCUUUUAAAGAGAGACUUGAAGUCGUACCCUGAAGUGGAGAUCUUGACUGCUGAUCAAUAUCAAGGUAGAGAUAAAGAUUGCAUUAUCAUUUCACUUGUUAGAUCCAAUACUGAAAAGACAGUAGGAGAUUUACUUCAAGAAUGGAGAAGAGUUAACGUUGCUAUAACCCGAGCGAAGAGUAAGCUUGUGAUAUUGGGGUCAAGAUCCACAUUAAUGGGGUGUCAAACAACCAAAGCUUUUGUCCAAUUACUUGAAGAUAACCACUGGGUAUAUCAAUUACCAUCUAAUGCAAGUACGGUCUACUCGUUUGAGUCUUCGUCACAACAACCAUGA